AAACACGUGGGCUUCUACCAAGAAUAUUGUCGCUAAUCGUCGUCCUUGUCUAAAUUUAAAGAAAUCCAAAUACACAUAAUAAAACACCAUAAGUAAAAUAAUUAUCAGAUAGGCUAUUAUACCAAUACUUAAAGUUAAUUAUGUAUGAGAUACUUUUGUUUUUAUUCUAAAACUUUGUCUUGCUAUUCGUUCUUUCAUUGUUUAAGGUUUAAUCACCAUUAGUGAAGAUGAUGAACCCGUUAACUUUCUAAACCCAAUCAAAUAAAUCUUCCUAAUUUUAUUAUUUAUUUCCUAAUAUUUUUAUCAUAGAUGUACGUAAAAUAAAAACACAAUUUGGUCCACACUCCACAGUUGUACCAUCUUUACCAAAUCAAAAACCUAACACUAAACUUUCUCUUGCAUAUAUAAAAACACACCUCCUCUACUCUUAACUCAUAUCACUAAUCACCAAAACAUAAUACAAAAAGAAGAAACACGCAUUAACAAAAUGGCAGCUAAUCUAGAGUGGUGUGACAGUGAUGUAGAGGAAGAUUACAUAGACAUGGAAGUCACUUCUUUCACUAACCUCGUACGCAAAGCUCUCAACAACAACAACAACAAGCCUAGAGAAUUUGAGUUCCAAAUGUCUCAUCUAUGUCCUCUCGAGAUAGACAAAACCACUUCUCCAGCAGAUGAACUCUUCUACAAAGGGAAGCUCCUCCCUCUUCACUUACCUCCACGUCUCCAAAUGGUUCAAAAGCUUCUAGAAGAGUACACCUUUGAUGAAGAGUUCUACAGCACACCGUUAGCCACCGGUACGGUUACAACUCCGGUGACGAGUAACACUCCGUUUGAAUCUUGCACCGUCUCUCCGGUAGAUUCUUGUCAAGUGAGCAAAGAGCUUAACCCCAAAGACUAUUUUCUUGAAUAUUCAAGUUCACUGGAGGAUGAUGAGAAGAAGAAAUCUUGGGGCAAGAAGCUAAGAUUGAUCAAACAGUUGAGUUUUGGAACUAAGAUUAAAGCUUCGAGAGCUUAUCUAAGAUCGUUCUUUGGGAAGUCAAGUUGUUCUGACGAGUCGAGAGUUGCUGAUGAAGGAUCUAUGUUGAGGUAUUCUCGAGCAGAGAGACCUAAAAAGCAGAGUAGCGGUUCUGUUCCUAGGAGCCAUAGGAGAUCGUUUUCGGUUUCCAUGAGGAGACAAGCUGCAAAGAGUUUGAACAACAAGUCAUCGGCUAGCUUAGGGUUUCGUCCGUUGCAGUUUUUGAAGAGAAGUACGAGUUCGAGCUCAGAGGUAGAGAACUCUAUUCAAGGAGCUAUCUUGCAUUGCAAGCAAUCUCAGCAACAGAAGCAGAGGCAGUAUAGUGUUAAUGAGGUUGGAUUUUGUUCGUUGUCAACUUCCAAAACUGCAAGGGCAGAUGAUCAAGAACGGGCUCAGAUGUUUAGGGGUUAACUAAAUAAAUAAAUUAGACUGAAGACGAUGAGAAGAUAAUAAUGAGUGAGAGUGUGAGAACUAAAGAUUAGAUUCUUUGUUUUCUUUUGAUUUUUACUCUUAUUUUGCUUCUUUGUUUUUCGAUGAAAUUUCAUAAAUCCCUAAGGCCAUUUCCGUGUAAAAAAUAAAUAAAUAUGAUUACAAAUA